CUAGUCAUGAGCUCUCUCUUAGUACUGGCCCUCCUGGGAGUCACCUUCAUGCUUCCAGGACGGCAAGCCCUGCUCUGCAAUUGGGGGACAUAUAAGGCUGUGCACAAUGUAUCUGAAUUGCCCCUCCAGUGGACAGUUAAAUUACAGAAAGAAUGUGACAGAGGCUGGGGUUGCCACGACUCUGUGAUGCUCAUUGAGAAUGGACCAUCCGCGCUCCUGGUGCUCAGCCCAGGGUCCUUGCAGUGUGCACACUGCUUGUCUACAGGGAGAUGUCCAGAGGAUGCGACUGUGAAGGUCUGUCCCAAGGGGACCACACACUGCUAUAAGGGAGAGCUCUUGGUCACAGGAGAGAACAUCCUCACCCGGCUACAAGUCCAAGGUUGCAUGUCCCAACCAGGCUGCAACCUGCUCAAUGGGACCCAGGACAUUGGGCCUGUGAUGGUGAAGGAGAGCUGUGAUUCCAGACGACGGCAAGCCCUGUUCUGCCAGUUUGGGAGGUAUAAGGAGGUGCACAAUAUAUCCGAACUGCACCUCCAGUGGACAGUUAAGUCACAGAAAGAAUGUGACAGAGGCUGGGGUUGCCACGACUCGCUGAUGCUCAUUCGGAAUGGUGAGAAGGGGCCUGGCAUGCAGAGCCCCACCUUUUCCCCCUACUGGGACAUUGGGCCUGUGAUGGUGAAGGAGAGCUGUGAUUCCAGACGUACUCUGAUCUGUCACAAGGGAAUCAGCUUCCACAUGACGGGCAACUUGACUUACACACCCGUCGACUGGACCUCAGACUUCACGAAGACAUGUGAUGCCGGGCAGCUGUGUCAGGAGACGAUGCUACUCAUAGACGUAGGACUUAAAUCACUCCUACUCUGGACCAAAGGCUGCAGCCAGGGUGAGGCUCCAGACUCCCAGACCACCUCCAUGCAUGCAGGCCCCAUUGGGGUGCUCGUGGCCUCCUAUACCCACUUCUGCUCCUCUGACCUGUGCAAUGGAGCUAGCAGCAGCAGCAUCCUGCUGAAGUCUCUCCCUCGUCCAGCUGCUCCUGCGCCAGGAGACCUGCACUGUUCUAGCUGUGUGCAACUGACCUCUGGAUCCUGCUCUGAUUACUCUCCCACCAUUGUGUGCCCUAAGGGCACUACUCAUUGUUACAAUGGCAACAUUCAUAUCCAAGGAGGUGGGUUGACUACCCCUGUGGCUGUUGCGGGCUGCGUGGCCCAACCUUCCACCUCCUUGUUAAACCACAGCAAGAAUAUCGGGAUCUUUUCUGUGCAUGAGGAUGGACUGUUCCCUGUUCCCCCAACUGGAGCUGCCCCUGCCACCUUCCUCACUCAGGUGAUGGGGUUGGGCCUAGCCCUGGCCCUUUGGUGUGGGGGACUUUGCCUUUUCGGCUAAUGGCAUUCCUCCAUGACUCUUAACGCCUGCUGACCACCCAAGCCCAACCCUGUCUCUGAACUCACAAGCUAAUGGUCUCGGACAACAAAUUAUUUUCCCAUCCUUUUCAUGACAUACCACCCCUCCAAACAUAUGUUAUCACCUGAUGAUAAUGUACCACCUGGGAGCAGCUGAAUUUGCCCUAUAGGAGAGGGGACAUUCAAAGA